UUUAGCUUAAAAACCCCCCCAAAACUCGUGUUGAAUAGAAGUAGGUGUAAAAUUAUUAAUCACCACAUUUGGGUUUUAUUAACCCCCCCAAAAAAAAAAAACAAAAAAACAAAAAAGAUAAAAAAACCACACUUUUUGGGUUUUCUGCAUGGGUCUUUGAUCGAGCAGUGAUGAGAAUUUGAAGGAAGCAAGAUUGAGAGUUUUGCUUUCGAGUUUGCCUUACUGUGUUACUGGUGUUGCCUAGCCUAGGGCUAAAAUACUUCUUCAAAAUGGCCCCAAAGGCACGAUUCAACAAGAGAGGUAACACACGUAUGGACGCGGCACUGGAUGCUAUGGGUCAAUUUGGAUUUCAGAAGCAAUGUGUUCGUGAAGCUGUCAGAAAACUUCUGAAAGUUUAUGGAGGAGAUGAUGGAUGGCCUUUUAUUGAAGAAGAUUAUUACAGAGUCCUACUUGAGGCUCUCCUUGAGAAGGAUGUUUCACAAGAUGAUGCAAGAAGUCUAAAAGACACAGAAACAUCAACUGCUGGGUCAUCUUCUGGAGUUACCACACGUAGCUAUGCUAAGUUUCAGACUCUCAAAACCAACUUGCAAAUUGAAGCUGCUUUGAACUCUAUAAAAGACACCGAACCAUCAAAUGCUGGGUCUUCUUCUAGAGUUUCCGCACCUGACUGCUCUGAACUUGAGACUGCAAAUACCAACUUGCUUACUGAUACUACUGUGAACUCACAGAGCACUAAAGCUAUGGACUUUGAUCCAGAGACUAAUAAAGAAGGGGCAGAAGAUAGCGACCCACCUACUAAACAAGGUGGAGAGGGGAACUUGGCCGAUAAGAAGUUGAACAUGAAUUCCACUAACUUGCAAAUUGAUGCUGAUUUGAACUCUAUAAAAGACACAGAACCAUCAAAUGUUGGUUCUUCUUCUAGAGUUUCUGCACGUGAUUGCUCUGAGCUUGAGACUGUGAAUACCAAGUUGCUCACUGAUACUACUGUGAACUCUAUAUCACAGAGCACUAAAGCUAUGGACUUUAAGCCAGAGACUAAUAAAGAAGGGGCAAAAGAUAGCAACCCACCAACUAAACAAGGCGGAGAGGGUAACUUGGCAGAUGAGAACUUGAAGUUGAAUUCCCCUAAGAAUGAUGUGGAUAGUUUUCUUGAUUCUGAAAUCCAAACUGAUAAACCACAAAUUGUGUGUGCCAAAGAUUCGGGAUACGACAAAAAUACUUCAAACUACCCCAUUCACAGCCCAAACCAGGAAUGCUCUCUUUCACUGAGGAAGCGUCGACAUUAUCAUGGUUGGGUUAGUGCCAGCUGCGAAGAUCACAACGACAAUGAUCUUGUAGAUUUGACACCGGAUCCUUUACCAGAAGGUUUAGCGAAUUUGUCCAGGAAGAUUCAUGGUAAGAAACAACGCAAGUCACUUUGGGAUAUGAAGCCUGAAGAUAUGUCCCAGCCUCUCACCAACUAUCUAAAAGCCUAGAUCACUUUUUUUUUGUUAACUUCUGCUUUUGGGUAGAUAGCAAUAGUAAUACUCGAUGGCACUACUGGACUUAGGCUAGCUAGCAGGUUUUGCUGAUGUAUCAUUGGAGUUGAAGCUGAACAACUACACAUUUGUGAUUCCCAAAUGGGUUAAUAUUACUUAAUAGAGGAAAAAUGAUUAUAACUUUCAGUGUAAUUUCUUGUGGGACAUCGACUAAUUUAAAGAAUACAUACUGUCUUAUUGUUAGAA